CCUCUCUCCCUCCGUACUGGCCGGCCCGGGUCCAUUUCCGGGCUCGGGGUAUUUGGUAUCGAUCUGGGCCGGGGGCGCGGGAGCAGGUGGCUGCGGCGGGGCAGCUGGGCCGCCAGCCUGCUGCGCCGGGGCCCGUCUCCCGCCGCCUUUGUCGCCAGUCUUUGCCCGGCGGCCCGCUCUGUCCUCCGGACUCGGCGCGCGCUGCCGGCCUGACUUUGCGCCGAGUCGGGCGCUGCUGCUGCUCCUGCUGCGCUCCGGGCCGCGCUCGGUGCCGACGGCCGCCGGGCAGCGGGAGGCGAAGGGCAGCCCGGAGCCCGAGCCAACAUGGCUGAAGUCACCAUCGACCAAUCCAAGCUGCCGGGAGUCAAGGAAGUGUGCCGAGAUUUUGCUGUCCUGGAGGACCACACCCUGGCCCACAGCCUGCAGGAACAAGAGAUUGAGCAUCAUUUGGCAUCGAAUGUUCAGCGGAACCGUUUGGUCCAGCAUGAUCUCCAGGUGGCUAAGCAGCUUCAAGAGGAAGACCUGAAAGCUCAGGCUCAGCUGCAGAAGCGCUACAAAGACCUUGAACAACAAGACUGUGAAAUUGCUCAGGAGAUUCAGGAGAAGCUGGCUAUUGAGGCCGAGAGACGACGCAUUCAGGAGAAGAAGGAUGAGGACAUAGCUCGACUCUUGCAAGAAAAAGAGUUACAGGAAGAGAAAAAGCGAAAAAAACACUUUCCAGAGUCCCCUGGAGCCAAUGCUUAUGGUGAUAGUUACUAUUAUGAAGAUGGAGACCAGCCACGGUCAAGGAGGGCAAGGGAGUUGGGUUCUGGCUUCUCAAAGUCUUACAGACUCCAAAGUGAGGAAAAGACUGUGAAGCAGAGAAAGCAGAAAUCGAAACCUCCACAGGAGAACUUGGAAGAACUGGAAGAGCAUCGUUCAUCAGAGAAACCUCUUUCGUCCUCUAGCUUGGGUAAAGCGAGGGACGAUCCCCAAAUUAACACUGAGCAGCCUGAAAGGAAACGAUCUGGUCAUGAGAGGCUCCGAAGACCUCCUCUCCCCAAGAUCAGUGGUGAGGUGUUUCUGAGCACUGAAUCGGAAGACUGGGAGGCUAACCAUAGCUAUCGAACUCGGAAUUGGGAAAAACAGUCCAGGCACCAAGACCAACUUUCUCCCAAGGCCCCACAGAAAGCGGGGCUUCACUGCAAGGAAGCUGUAUAUAGAAGCAACCAUGGGCAAGGUGAGCACAGAGAGAGGGAGCACAGGCCCAGGGCUCCUCCCAUCUCAGAGAGUGAGGCGCGGCACCAACUCCAUGAUGCAGGAAUGAAGCCCAGAGGGAUGAAGGAAGUGGUCUCUACUCCAUCACGAGUGACCAACAGGGAUCAGGAAUGGAAUGAUGCUGAAAUUGCCAGAAAACUGCAAGAAGAAGAAAUUUUGGCUACCCAGGUGGACAUGAGAGCAGCUCAGGUAGCUCAGGAUGAGGAAAUCGCUAGACUUCUAAUGGCUGAAGAAAAGAAAGCUUACAAGAAAGCCAGGGAACGGGAGAAAUCAUCUUUGGACAAAAGAAAGCAUGACCCCGAGUGGAAGCCCAAGACAGCUAAAUCAGCACACUCAAAGUCAAAAGAGAGUGAUGAACAUCACCAUUCUAAGAAUGACAGGCCAGCACGGCCACUACCACCUACCAUGACAGAGGCUGAGGAUUUGGAUUACACUCAUUUUACAAACCAGCAUAAUUCCACACGUCAUUUCUCAAAGUCAGAGUCUUCUCAUAAAGGUUUCCAUUAUAAGCCGUAAAAACCUAGGAACCUGCCUUGAAAACGGACUCACUGUAGCAAAAUUACUGGAUGAUACAGAAUGCAUUCCAUGCUUAUUUUUUUCUCCUAUAUUUUGUAUUCCUCAGAUUUAUCCUCAAAUGUUUUUUAGACCAUAAAUAAUUUUCAUUCAUUUAAAAUGUUUUGGUUAUUCCUGAUCACGUGGGCAGUACAAGAAAAUCUAGCUUCUGAAUAUUGGCCACCUUUAUGCUGCAUAUGCUUCCUGGGAUAUAGUAUCUAAGAGCUCUAUAAAAUGCCAUUUUCGUUAGGUAUGGAGUAUUGAUAUCUAGGGAAUAGGCUUUAUUUAGCAAUUAGAAUUUUGUGGAGAUAAUGAUCAAAGUAACACAAUGUUUGGAUGCAAUGCAGAAUAAAAGAAUAUAAGAAAUAGCUUUUUUUUGGUUCAUUAGUGUAUGAUAUAUUAAAAGACAGAGACAUUUGCUUUUUACUAUUCAAGGAAAGAAAAAAAUCACAACCAUAAAAUAUUUUAAAAAACCCCAAAAAACCUGGAACAGUUGAAAUAUGUAACAGACUACCAGGACUGUAGAGGUUUUUCGUAUCCUUACACGCCCUCCUGGGAAGAUUGGCUUAGAUGUCGUUCACUAACACUGUCGCUGCCAUUGCCUCCUCAAUAGCAAGGCUUUCUGAAGCCUCUGGGCAUUGGACCAUUUAUUAGUAUUUACUAGCAAAAAUUUAAUUCUGUGAAGUUUUAACUAAAGUCUGUGCAAAAUCAACUGAAAAUCGAAAAACGGAAAAUGAAAAAUUUUGUAUCCCUUCUCUUAUUUUACAUUUACUUAUAAAGCCGAAGGGAAUGGAAUUGGGAAAACGUUUAUAUACAUGGUGCUGCCAUCAUUUUCUCUAGCUGUAAGAUUGAUCAUAGCAGCAUAUGUUGACAACCUCUCAAAAAUAUUUUGUGUAUCUGUCAAUAAGUAGAUUAAUUGGGCAUGAAGUUGAUAAAGGGGUUCUUCAUCCAACUAUUUGGUUCUACACAUUUGUUAAUGACACAUGGGCAUUGGAUUCCUUUUGUGCCAGACCUUUAAACCCCUCUUCAAGAAAUAUGGAAUUUUUUUCCAUCUUCUAACCUCAUGGAAAUGCCUCUUUUCCCAUGCUAGUUAGUUAACAUAAAUAUCAGUCAUGCUAUAUAUAUAAAUAAUAUCCUUUCAGCCUGACUUCCUGUUAUUUUUCAUUGUAUGAAUCUGACGUUUUUGGCAUUUUAGUGUGAUGUUUGUUUAGGAAAGAAAUCUGGGGGUGACUUGAGAAAAAUGGUUAAUCCAUUCUUUUCUGGCUUCUGUUUGCCUUAUCUUUUGAGAUAGUCUUUAAAGUUGGGCAAUAUUCAGGAAGCUUUUUAGACUAGUUUCUCAGAGCAGAUUUGGGUUUUUCAUUUUGAGAAAGAUCUUUCGUUUCAUAAAGUUUUUGGACUGUGUGAACUUAAGUAAAAGAUAUCUAAGAAUUAAGUUUUGGGAAAAUGAUAAUCUAGAAAGAAACAAAACCCUUAAGGAUGUAGUCAUUUUAGAAAAUUGGGGAAAGGAAGAAUAACAGGACUUUGAAUGUCCAGGAUGAAAUGAAUGAGAAAAAGUCUUUAUUUAAAUAGGCAAGGGCAGACCGAACGGAGACCCUAGCCUUAAAUCAAAUUCCAGAGGGUGGUUUCAAUAUCCAAAGUUUAGGUAUUGUUGAUUUACAGUAAUGCUAUAUUUUUCUUUGUCUGCCCUGUGAUUUUGCUUCAUGUUUCAAAAAGUUUUUUAUGGUAGCUUUAAAGAAAAAGAACAGUAUAUUUUUACUUGAAAAUCAGGCAAAUGGGCAACAUUUGCCAUAUUUUUAUUUUAUAAAUGUUUAUUUUUCUAUCUCAUACAAUGAUCAGUUCUUCUUUUCAAAUUCUCCGUUUCUCUUGCCUCUCAUGUAUUACUUCAUCCAGUCAUAUUUAUUAUUGUAAAAUGCUAACUGGAUAUAUUUUACUCAAAACAAAUGUCAGGUGAGUUAACACGUGACCAGGAUGUUAGUGUUUCAGCUGUCUUAGUGAGUGACCAAAGGUGGUAUUUCCCUCGUGACACACAAAUUCAGCAUCUGUAUUGAAAAUUUGUUAUUUUUCUUAAGGUUUUUAAAAGAUUAGAAUUUUUAAAUAUUUUAAUUUAAUUUAAUUUUUUUUGUAAAGCAAACACUUUAAGGAGUAUCAGAAUAAUUCUUUCCCUGUUAGGAGACAGAUCAAAUUCAACCAGCCGAAUUCCUCUUACUCUCAUUCAAAUAGUGUAAUUGUUAUCUUUGAGACUAUAGAAGCAACUAACAAUUGUAUUUUAAGAAACUGCCAGACAUUCUUCACUGUGUCCUCUGCUUUUCACUUUGUCAUUUUUAUAUAAAUAUGGAAGCAUUUAUUUUGUUUCUGUUCCUACUGCUGGAACACACGCAAUUUAAUUUUUAGGCCCACAAUGUAUUAUGCUUUAAUGUUGUGAUGUAAACUAAUACUUCUGGCCUUUAGAAAAUCUUUCUGUUUCCAUACCUCUGUCCUGUGGAGACAGCCCUCAUUAACAUCAGUAUCACUGAAUGAGCACAGUGUGUUGUGGAGCCUUAUCGUAAGGCUACUGGACAUGCACACCCCAUUGCCACAGCCUAACUUUUUGUAAGUCAUCGCCUGGAAGCAAGGUUAGAUAAGGGUAAGAUUAAAUGUUCUGAGUUGGAAAUAAUGUGACUCUGCUGUCUAACCAUUGUUAGACAUAAUUUUAUGUUGGGAGACUGGACGGUUGCUACACAUGCUUUAAAAUAACACUGCAAUUUUUAGAAGGUGACUUUGCAUACAAAGUCUUGGACUUACGAUUUCCCAAGUGACUUUACAACAACCAGCAACAGACUAAUGAACUGCAGAAAAGACUAUAUGGUUUUUGAUCAUAGAGAAACAUCUAAAUUAGAAAAGAUACGGAUAGAUGCUCCCAGGAGGAAAACCUUUUUAGAAUGGCAGUGGCCACUUGGAUCUAGAUCAACAUAUUCCAUAAUGUGUGAACUUGGGCCUGUGUUCCACUGGACUCACGAGGAAAUUAGGAACCAGACCUGUUUAGCCCUUUUCUUCUGUACUGUGGCCCACAGUGGGACUGGACCAUGAAUAAAUCCGUUGCAGACAUUGUCCGUACCUUUCACACAAUCUUGGGACUUUUCAGUAUAAAACUAAUUAACUUUCAACUGAUUAUUAUUUUUCUUUACUACUGUCAAAUGUUCUCUGAAUUUUGUCUUGUGCCAGAUUGCUCUUUGGAAACACCUGGUAUAAUAUGGUGCAUUUAGUUUACCACAUAAGUGGUUAACACUCUAGGGCCUUGAUUUUUAAUGAGUGUUGUCUUUAUAUAAAAAUCACGUUGGGGAGUACCAAGAUUAUUCAUUUAUUCAGUGAUGAUUUCCUGGAAAGAUAACUGUGGUGAUUGGCUGUAAUAUCCUCAGCCACAUAAAGACAUAAGACCCCUGUGUAAGCAGCUUUCUGAAGGACUGAGAACAAGAUAGGACUUGCACUCAAAGGCUUUUUUCCCUUUUGGGAAAGCACUAUUUGUGUUGGGGACGUUAAUACGGAAAAGGGAAUCCUUCAGGUAGAUUUCACUGUUACAUAGUGUGCCAUAUUCUGAUAAUACUGGCUUUUUAGAAACAAGCAUACAGAAGUCAAGACCUGCUCUUUGAGUGAAAAGGAAAAGAAACAAAGACAAAAACAGAUUUUUAGAGUACUUUGUCCAUUGCUUACUGCUUGGAGUCAGAGAAAAGUUAGAUAAAAUGAUCCCAUUUUUCCUCCUAUCUGGUGGUGCCUGUGAGUCUUAAAGCCAUAACUGCUUAUCUUACUGGUGAUAGGAUCCUUUUUUUCUCCCUAGUCCAUAGUAGGUCAUCUGGGCAGGGAGAAGCAAACUGGAGACUGGCCUGAUAAUGCUGCACGGGGCACCCAGUGUCACCCAGAGUUCUCUGGGAAGAGUCUCUUUUAUCCCUGAGGAUACAUAAGACUGUUAAAGGGAAGAGUUGAGGCUGGUUGUUACUCUUGCCAUUUAACUCUCAUUAGAAAUGCUGAAUUUAUUUCUAGAGAAAUCAAGAAGGAAAGGGUAAAGUAGGAAAUCCUCACUUCUACAGUCACUUUUCUUAGGAGACCUGCACUGUGUGCCAGCAACGUCUGUGAGGAGCAGUAUUGCCUUAAAUUAGUUUGAUUCUGACCAAGGUCAGUGUACUAUAUUUCCUAUAUGUGAACGACUGUCAACUCUCCAUUGAGAUAUAAAAUUCACAGGUGAGCCCCAGACAUCCUCACACCAAGCUGUGAGUGACGUCCACACUGAUAGGUAUGUCAUUCCAUUUCAAAUCGCCUCUCAAUCUAUGAGCAGUGGCAUGACCAAGAAGGCUGGUAGUAGGCGAGAGAGAAUUUCCUGACCAGAUUCUUCAGGUGAUCACUUCCUAAAUAAUUGAGAGUUGACUGUCCUCCUUCUCUAUGGCUACUGUGUAGAAGAUAUUUCCAAAGGUUCUCUUAUGCAGUGUGAAGUCAUUAUGUUUUGUAAGAAUUUCACCAACACUCUUAUGUAUUAAAAUGCGUACAUUAACAAAAAAAGAAAACCAAACAAAACAGAGACAUUUACUCAAAUGGGAGAUUUGUUGAUAUGAAGAGUGUUUGUAUUUUAUUACUUUGAAGAGAAAAUCAAUCUGAAACUUUUGCUAUGGUAGGGGAGACACCAGAGUGUGUUUUAGGGUUGUAUUUGAUGCUACAGACUAACACAAUCAUCUAAGUAAUCAUGUUGAUUUGUGGAAAUGUCUGGUCCUAAAAAUCAUUCUCUUUGCCCUUAAAUAUGUGUGAACACUGCCUAGAUAUAUGUUCCUAAUAGACUUAAAUGUUUUUGUGUAUUCUCAGCAAACUAGAAAAUUUUUCUCUCAUCUUGAGUAACUUUUUCAUAGCAUAAGGCAUUUCAGAUAAGAACAGAACUAAUUGUGUAACUUAGUGCCCCAUGAUUCAUUGCUGAGUUUCAUAUAGAAAGAAUGGAAGAAUUGAAAGACAGGAGUCAAGUGACAUUUCCUUCACAAAAGAGCAAGGAUUAAGGACAGCAAAGAGAAGACAGUUGAGAGAAUAUACUGUUACACAUCAUACAUAUACUUAGGAUAAAUUUUUGUUGCACUGAGUUUCAGACCAUAAUUGCUAAAAGAGUUUCUAACUCUUUCUAAAUUUAGUGAGAGGGCUUUUGAUAUCAGAAUUUCUAAAAUUUCUUAUUGAAUUAGCCUCUGAAAUCCCCAUAGGCUAUACCUUCAGCUUUGUCAUAGACUGAAAGCCAAAUGCCCUUUCUCGGAUAUAGCUAUAUUUUUCACCUGCCUCUUAAAGGCAACCCAAUAUUUAGUUCAUGAAGUAUUAUGAUAGCAUAUAAAAAUGAUGUUCCAAAAUGAGAAUUCUCUGUAAUGCGGUUUUCCUUAAGAAGAAUCCAUCCCAACACUAUUGUAUUUUGAAAGGUGCCGAAUUAUAAAGUAUAGGAGUUUGUUCAUAUAAAUCAAGUUGCUCAGGAAAUUUGAGGUGGUGCUGUCAUUUGUCUCAAAAUUUGGAAAAGUAUCCUCUUGCAAGAGGUAACUGCACAGUGCCCAGAGGUUUUGGAUGCUUCGGUAAGAAAGCCCUUUGACAUUUGGAAAGUAGAUGUUUAAAAAACAAGUGAGAUGUUAUCUCAAGUGCUCAUCAGUUUGUAGCCAAGCCCCAGAGGGAAAGGCAGCUUUGAAAUAGUUACUUCAUGGAACUGAACAGAACCUUAAUGGAAUAGAGUUGCCAGUCUGAGGACAAAAAACAAGGAGGCCACCUCAAAUCACAUGCCUAUCUAGAGAUUAAGUGAAACUGUGAGGGACGCUGGAUGCCUUAAGGUGACUGAUGUUGGGUACCAGUGGGUAUGUGUGCACGCUUCUGGAAGAAGUUGAUGGAAACGGUCUGUUUCAAUCCACCUUCAUACAGCACAGGUUUCUGCUCAUGACCUCAUUGGGGAAAGUGAGAAAUGUGGUGCUGGAGACGUUCUUGUGUCUUGGGCGGCUGAGGUGCUAACGUCAUUCAGAAUCCAGUGCUCAAGUCUCCCUUCAGUGCCAGUUAUACAUCUUCAUUCAUUCAUCUAUGCAAGCUUGUGUUUCAGUGGUUCGUUUUUUACACCUUGUGACCGAUUGGAUUCUUUCAAUAUCAGGUUUAACAUUGAUAUUAUGAAUCAUUUUUAAACCAAAGUAUUGUAUAAGUCCGUGUGCUUGUUUUCCUGAACGGAUGGAGGCAAACACCAAUCUUGUCCUUUUCUCUUAAUACAGUCAUCCAUUUAUUACGUUAA